AGUUAUUUUUUGGUUUAGUUAUGUUUUAGUUUUCUUUUGUUAAAACUCUGUUAGCCUCUGUUUUUCUAAACCCUGCUAUAUAUAUAGCAGAGGGGUUGUAUUGUCGAGAUAUAAAAGAAAUCUCUCUUUCUCACUCUCUUCUUCUUCCUAUCUGGCCUGAGGGGCUCAAGGGCCGGCCGGAGCAUACUCAUGACUCAUGGCCUUGAAAAGCUCUUCCCCUCCUCUAACCUCCGCCGUUGCUGCCACCACCGCUCAUGGAGAAGCUCUCGUACCAGCUCCGCUCUCUCCGUCAGCCAGGCUGCCGCCUCCACUUCUGCCACCCACUUCUCCUUCAGCCUCGUCAACAUCUCAGCCGGCUGCCGCCAUAACUUCUGACGACGUCAAAGCCCAAGUGAAGGCAAUGAAAAAGAAGGUGGACAAGCUGUUAAGUAGGAUCACCACUCGACUCAACGUCAUGCUGGUUCGUGUAGAAGCCAUGAUUGAGGCCCUUGAGGGUGAAGGCGACAUCAUGAGAUCCAAACUUGAAGAACUGGACGCCAUUAUCACCGAGAUGUCCCUCCUCAAAUUGGAUUUGCACUCUAUCAUCAAUGAACUUGAGUUCAUCGACAAUGAACUCAACCACUGUCUCUUCCUCUGUGAUUUUCUUGGUUGAAUAAAAAUAC